UUCGAGUAUCAGAUGACGCAAAUGAGGAAAAGGGUUUAGGGUUUAUCUCAGAGUUUGCUAAUGUCAAUGGAAAGAUAGUGAAAAGCGAGGGGGCGAGUGAAGCAGACAAGGUGCUCGACGAAAUUACUGAGUGAAUCUGAAAGCGAGUUUUUUUCCGACUUCUAAUAGUAGGCCAGCCUUUUAACUAGUGUUGUGCAUUCGGUAGGAACCGAAGCAGACAGAACCAAAGUUUUCGGUUUUCUGUUUGAUUCGGCCAUAACAACCAGAAAACCUGAAUAAACCGAAAAAAAACAAGAAAUCGAAUAAAUCAAAAGAAACCGAAUUUUGCACCCCCAAGUUUUUUUUUCUUUUCUACUAAAUUAACCGAAUAACCUGAGCUUCGAACCGAACCAAAAUUUAGUUCGGUUUAAUGUGAUGGUAUUUUUCUCAAAAUAAAAAAAAACCGAAUAAACCGAUCCAUAGAAAAAACCGUCUAAACCGGAUGCCCAGCUCUGCUUUUAAGUUUUAACUGGCUUGGUCAUGUUUUUUACAGAGAGAACCUAAACAAGUUUCGACUUUUGUCGGCGGUGAAACCAAAUUUGCAUAACCAAUCAAGAAACACAACUCGCGUCUCUGGAAGAUUUGGCUCGUGCUCUUAGACUCUAGUCCUGAGGCUGUUUGGUUGAAAAACUUGCGAAGCUUGGAUUGGAGAAUCAUGGAAUCGAAGAAAGUGAUGGAAGAGGAAGAAGAGAUGUGGAGGAGAGAGAUAGUGACAAGCGUGAUGAGGAUAGUGAGCACAAGAUUGCCACAGAGAGAUCUAAUAUCUCUCCUUCUCGUUAGCCCUUGGCUCUACCGCACCCUGGUCUCUUACCCUUCCAUCUGGCUGAACAUUGAUUUGCGUGAGAGGACCAAUGCAGGGGAUAGGCUGUUAGCUGCUCUGUCCUUGCCAAGAUAUCGUCAAGUGAAGCAUAUCAAUCUUGAAUUUUCCCAGGGUGUUGAGGACACUCAUCUUCAACUUGUGAAAAGCCAUUGUCAUGAUGCGCUUUCAAGCUUAGAAUGCUUGAAUCUGAACGGGUGCCAGAAGAUAUCAGACAGUGGAAUAGAAGCUAUAACUAGCAUAUGUCCCAAGUUAAAAGUUAUCUCUAUCUACUGGAACGUGAGGGUGACUGAUGAUUGCAUUAGACAUCUAGUGAAGAAUUGCAGAAACAUCAUUGAUUUGAACCUAAGUGGCUGCAAGAGCAUAACAGACAAAGGUAUGCAACUAGUAGCUGAAACUUAUCAAGACUUAGAGGCACUGAAUAUCACCAGGUGUGUUAAGAUCACAGAUGAUGGAUUACUUCAUGUGCUACAAAAGUGUUCCUCUCUGCAGACCUUAAACCUCUAUGCUCUUUCAGGCUUCACAGACAAAGCUUACAAGAAGAUAUCUCUUUUGGCUGAGCUAAGGUUCUUAGACCUGUGUGGUGCUCAGAACUUAUCUGAUGAAGGGCUUGGUCAUAUAGCUAAGUGCAACAAGCUAGAGACUCUCAACUUGACAUGGUGUGUGCGUAUCACAGAUGCAGGUGUGAUUACCAUUGCUAAUAGUUGCACCUCCCUCGAAUUUCUCAGCUUGUUUGGAAUAGUUGGGGUGACUGAUAGAUGUCUGGAGGCUCUCUCGCAGACCUGUUCUGCUACACUCACCACUCUUGAUGUCAAUGGCUGCAUCGGCAUUAAGAGACGAAGCCGUGAAGAGUUGCUUCAGAUGUUCCCUCGUCUGAUAUGCUUUAAAGUACACAGCUAAUUUGCUCUUUGACUCCAGGACUCUCAACAAUAUCUACCCUGUCUUUGACAAGAGUACAAAGACAUCUCUUGGUCUGCCCUUUGUCUAUUUUUUCCUUCAGUGUGGUGCAGCAUGUUGAGUCUGGAGCUUUUGAUCAGUCAUGUAAUCUCGACGUCCCUUUACGUCCUGAUUAUAUUAUGAUCUCACACCAAGAAACAUUAUUGCUACUGUCAUCUAUAAAGACCGCAUCUGUUAGACUCCAUAAAUACAUGUUAAUGGAGUAUUGUUUGUACCAUCUUGUUAUUUUUUCGUCAGUAGCUCUCGGCUUAUGGAUGUGCUAGUUUUGGAGAAGAAAGACUAUGUUAUGGGGAAAUGGGAAUGUGUUUUUGUUUUUGUAGUCAAGCUAUAUUUGGUAAUUUACUGAUAAAUCUUCCAUUUCA